CUUGUUCAACAUAUCUAUUCACAAAACAAGAGAACGAAAAUACGAAAACAUGGACGACGGAAAAAGACAAGAACCCAUGUUUCAGUUUCUUGGUCUGAUAUCGUACUCUCACGCGGCGGAGCGAUCGGUUUCGUGAUCAAGAAGAGUCGAUCGUAAGCGGGGGGAAAAUGGCAGUGCCAGAUCCUGGGGCAGGACAGGCCUUCGUCUAUCUCGUAACCUUUUUCCUUCUCCUCUCCAUCGCCGUCGGAGGCGGCUGUCUCAUCGCCUACACCAUCCUCCCUUACCCGCCCUCCUGGCUCUCCUACGUCGGCAUCACCUUCGUCUGUCUCCCGUGGCUUUUCUGGCUUCUCACCUUCGUCUACCGCCUCCUUUCCCGGGCCCUCGGCUUCAGGAUGGUCGUUGGAUCCGGUGGCAACGCCGAUGCUGACACGGUGACCCGUGAAAUCGAGCCUCCUGGACGAAACCCCGAGUCCCAACACGAGGAAACGCCUGCCAAAGUCCAGUCAGGACAAGCCCUUAUGUCGAAUGGCGGGCAGGAAGGGAACAGAUCGAAGAAGCGAACGUCCACCUCGAGCAAUUCCAGCCUUGCGUCGCACGAAAGCGAGAUGCCAUUGGCCAUUUCCAUGGGAACUUGAAGAAUCUGUUGAAUGGUUACGCCUGCACAUUCUCGCAGAGACCGUCGCUCGACAGGUUGUUAUUAGGGUUUCUUACAGUGACAAAACAAAGGAGAAUCUCUGCAACCUGCGACUCAGAUCGGGUGUUUCAUGUUUAUGUUCGAAAUGUUCCCCCUUUACAGACAUAUGAACCCUAAACACAACACCCUUUAAAUCAUUAGGACCAACAGAUCUUUCCUCAAGCUAAAUGAUCCAAGAUUGGAUCAGGUUUUGGACGGAAUUGUCGCCAUCAAUGGCCGGAUCGAGAUUUGUUU